UGCUCUUUAAACGCCUUUUCUUUGGUCCUACAAUAUGGUGUGUGCCACUAAACUCUCCUGACGGCGUUGAGUGUAAUUAUCGGAUUACAGCCUUUGCAGUCCUGGAAUAACCGCAACGGCAACCGAGGCGACUCCGAGCCUUCAUGCAACGCAUUUUCAGACAAAUGAUGCGGGUUUUGCAGCAGUUUUGACCUCCAGGUUAUCAGCUUCAACUCGUAAUUGUUGCUUCCGGAGAAAUGAAGUUUCUGUCUUGGAGAGGAGCGCGUUACGCACGAGUGGAGAUGUAAAGUGGAGCUGAAUCCGGUGGAGUUUGACUGUCGAGUUUCCAGACCCGCUGAGGAGAGGCUCUGAUCGUUCUGUCCAAAAGAGGCGCACCACGUUUUUGUUAUGUCUGUGUCCUCUCUGCCGGAAUGGAAGCAACUUCUUCUGGAGAGAAAGAGGAGAGAGGAGGAAGAACGGGAGAGGAGAGAAAAGGAGGAAGAGGACAAGUUAGCGAACAUGCCUGCGUGGAAGCGAGGGAUCAUUCAGCGAAGGAAGGCAAAGCAGGAGAAUCUGGGCGACAGGGAGAAGGAUAAAGACGUGUGUUUGCUGCAGGUGGACGUCAGAUCUCCUUCUGAUGGCCUCAGUGACACGGACAGCUCCAUCACCGUCAAUCUGGGGAGUGACAUGUCCCUCAGUCCAGAUCCGGGACAGUGGCUGGAUGCUGAGCCUAAACCUGCUAGUCAGGUGUCCAUGGAAACCAUAGUUCCAGUCCAUGAAAACCCAUUUAUCCGCACGCAAAGCGUGUGGCGAAAAGGCAGAGAUGCUGAAAUCGGGAAUGAGUCUGACAUUAAGGAUAAGGACAAAUCAGGCCUCAGGGGUCAAGAUGUGGAGACGAACAGAGGACGAGAUACAGAGCUGAAAAUAGAGAGGUUUAGGGAUUUAACUCAGGGAUGGGAUAAGGAGAAGGCCAGGGAUAGGAGUCUGGGAAGAGAACGAGAGAACAGCCGAGAAAGGUGGGACAAAGACAAAAAGCAACAGAAGGAUGCUGCGAGGGAGCAGGAAAAAGAAAUCCAACCACUGUCAGGUGCGUUUCCCCCCGCUGUUCCGUGUCUUCGGACCAUCCGAGCUGACAAUAUCAUCAUCAUCGAACAGGAAAGCAAAGGUGGCGACGAGCAGAGGGGAAGAUGGAGAGAGGUGGACGGGGAGAGGCCUGAAGAGGACCAGCAUGGGAAAAGAGGGAUGAAGAUGGACCUGAGGGAGAUUCUGGCCGGAGGAGGGAGUGUCACUGAGAUCCGAGCUUCUGAAGUUCUGAUCAUAAAACCUUCAGUCAGCACUGAAGAGAGAACUACUGGAGAAAAGGGAGGAGAGGAGGGGGAAACCAGGUGCAGUGUGGAGAGUUUGGGGAGGGAACUGAGAGCAGACAUGUCCUGGCUGAGAGAAAAAGAGAAGGAAAGACCGUGGGGCCAGGCGACAGUUAUUAAAGAUGACAGUAAAGACAGCUCAGAUGAUUGUGUGUUUGUUGAGAGGGGAGGGAGAGUCAGCCAGCUGCUGAGCAAAUUUGGGGAACACCCAAAGCCUCCAUCAAGAUCCAAAAGUUCGGAUAAUUUCCUCCAGCCGGGAAGGAGAAAAUACUCAGGAGAAGAAGAUGACCAACAGUCUGACAGGAUGAAGAGCGAUGGAACAAACGUGUCCAGCAAAAGCGUUCCAAAACGCUCCUUCAGCUUCUCAGAUCGAGUCAUCAGCGCCGUGGAGAAUGGUGACAAAAGAUGCACGCAGUCAGAUAAAAGUGUGGCGCCGUGGGCAGAUGCAGCCGUUCUGGCAAAGCUCAAACAGGGCUGCGCACGGCUUUUAGAUAAAGAGCGCUUCGGAAAGUACAGAGAUGUAAAAAACGAGGAUCAUAAGGGAGAUGUGGUGCAAAGAAAUGAGGCGGAGGCAUGGAAAAAGCACCGGAGCGAACUCAGGAAAGUGGAACUUGUGGAAAAGAGAGCGACAGAGAAAGUAGCUGAGACAGAUGGAGACAAGGGUUUCACUGUAGCGUCACUUAAAAACACGGAAGGAAUAUCGUUUGCGAGAAGAGUGCCGAUCAGGCAGGAUGGGAGAACAAGAGCUGAAAGGGAAGCGAGGCGACUGACGAGGGAGAAGAGUUUGGAAAACAUGGAAAAAGAUUCUGAUUCAGGAAAAGCCAAGGCGCACGUUAUUGACAAGCCUGGUGUUCGGAGAGACGAUGGGUUAGAAAACAACGACGUAGAAGCGCUCAGUCCUAAUGAAGCUCAAUAUAGACACGAUUCUGCGUUCACCGAGUGCUCCAGUCUUCUCUGCACAGUUCUGGAUCGAGUCCAUCAAAGAGGACCGGAGUGGAGCGGGACAGGACCACAAGGACCCUACCUCACACAUUGUGCUUCAGCUCAACAAACUGAGACUCUCAUAAGCAAAGUAGAAAAACUAGGAGACACAACUGUUUAUACGAACGAGAGAGGAGAAACGGCUUACAAGGCUUCUCCUGAAGUGACAAAAGAAAACCAACAGGAAGCACAAACAGGAAGUCUGACUCAAGAGGCAACCACCAGAUCUCCAAAAAGGAUCACACCCUUUGGGAUGCUUCAAGGGCCUCUGGAAAUUCAGAUCCCCAGGACUGUGUUUUAUGUUGCAGAAGACAUGGUGGAGAGAAAAAAGAGUGAGUGUCAAAGCAGCGAUGGGCAAGACCGCGAUGGAGGACAACAGGUUGAAAGGCGGGACAGCUGGAGGGUUGGGAAACCCUUGAGUCGCAUCGAGUCCCUGCGAGAGAAGAUCAGACAGCGAGAGCUGGAGAAGCAGAGGCAAAGAGAGGCUCAGGGUGGAGCAGCAGAGACCUGUGACGCUCAGACAGGUGAGGUCGGGUAUGAAGAGAGGGGAAGUGAACAGGAGAGAGAGUGGGAAGCUGCGGCUUGUGAGCAGACGAGGCCGGUCGACGCAGAGAGGAUGCAGGAAGAGGCAGCGGAGCAGACAUCCACGACUGCAUGUGAUGUCAAACAGGAAGUCGGCGUGUUGAAAACCUGCCCUCAGCUUCCUGUUUCUGUCCCCCACACACUAGACGAGAGCGGAGGAGAAGCCUUGGGCAAGUGCUGCUCUGCCGCCGCUGAAGACACCUCUGACAGCUCCCAGAUAUCCGGGGAUGAAGACGACCCCCUGAAAUAUGUAGAAGCGAAACCGGGGUGCCACAGGGGUCGAUACGAGAGCACGGAAGAAGAAGAAGACGACGAGGAAGAGGAAAAGGAAAAGGAGCUAUCAGAGGAGAAGGUACCUUUUGAUUCUAUAUCAUCUCUCUCCUCUUCACCACUUAAUCCCAACUCUCUGGAAGCCAUGAGCCGGAUCUACAACCUGGACACUGUGGGUUCGAGAUCGGGACUGUGUCUGAGGGAGAGGACGGUGGAAGUCCCGCCAACUCUGCACCUCGUCAAAGUGAAGCCACUCGUUUCGAGCUGUCAGCAGGGGGACAGCAAAGCCCCGGCAGGUGACAACAUUUGUGGCGUUCAGCGGCAGAUCGAGCAGUUUAAGCUGAAAGAGCAGGAAGUGCUGAAGUCAUGUUCAAACGCUUCUUCUAAGGACAGAGAAACCAAAGGGCAGCAAAGCCCCAAAGGCGUGUUAAAACACCACAUAAAGGACGAUGAAGAAACACCAGAACUGAACCUCAAAGAGUCCCCCCGCCGAAACUGUUCUCCAACAUCUCAGCUCAAGCAAACCGUCAACCCCCCAUUUCAGAGGACCCAAUCUCCAGAAAACUCUCUGAAACCUGCAAACUGUGCUCCAACUCCAGCCUCCUCCCCCAGUUCGUCCUCACCUUCCAACUCCCCCAGCGCCUCCCCAUCACCCACCCCAUCGCCGAAGCUCUUCACCAUCAAGAGUGCUUCUGGGGGUAUGGUCAAGAGAGGCGCCACUGUCACAAUUACCCCGAGGAGGCCUGUCGCAGGAAGGGUGACGGACUCCAAGCCUCGGCCGACAGCAGCAGAGUCCACUAAGGGUUCAUCUCAACCAACGACCCCCGCUGUGGACGAACCAGUGAAGAAGAAAUACCCAGCGGUGGAGGAAAUCAAGGUGAUCGGUGGAUAUCAACACCUGGAGAAGUCCUGUCUGGUCAAGAAUAGAGGAACACCCAAAAACGGGAAGGUGUGUUUUGAUGAGGAGCAGCUGGAGCAGGUAUGCGAGUACCCGUCAGAGACCUUCAUGCUGAUGUUGAGCCCCCUACCUCCUGACCUGGAGAGUAAUGAGAGGCAACAAGGUGAGGAGGCACAGGAGGAUGAAGGCGAAGGUGAGGAAGGCGAAGUUGUGUUCAAGACCAUGAAGAGCGUGGGGAUUGCAACGGGACCACGAAUAAGAGUGGGUCAGUGUCACCCUCUUCUCAGAAAACACAGCGUGUAGUAGGGAUGUCUUCAGUGAUGUUUGUGCUUUCCUGACAAACUUUCUCACAUUUAUUUAUUUAGCAGAAGAAUGUUUGAAUAUUAGUCCAGACUAAGUGUUUAAAUCUUACUCUAAAUAAAGGUUACAAUGGUUAAAGUUUGGAAAAACCAUUAUUUGUUGCUGGUGCCAUAAACCUCUCCUAAAGAUGGAUCCAACACCUUUAUUACUAUUGGAAUAAUGUUGCUUAUCAGCAAAUUUACUGGUUGUUUUUCCCCCUGAAAUAACUGCAUUACAAUUUUCAAAUAAAAGGAGAUCUCAGUUAGAUGUUGAGGUCUGCUGUGUGUGGGUGUUUCAUCACUUGUAGCUGAAGAUGUUUGCAUCGUAGCAUUCGGUAGUGGCUGGUGAAAAGCUGUUUUUUUAACUUAUCAACGUUUUAUUUUGACUUGGUUUGUUUUCCAGCUCAAGUUUUCGGUCUUAAUUCAUCAUCUGCCAAAAGUGUACACCUCAACAUGCAAUACCGAUUUCUAUCAGUAGGUGGCACUAACACAGCAUGGAAAUUUAGUUAAAGAGCAAAUCACCCCCUACCAGAGUCUUACUCCACUCCCAUUUGCUGUUUGAAAAAUGCACCACAAGGAGGCGCUGACUGGCAGGCCGAGGAGGCGGAGCCACUAACAAAUACACACACAUAAAGGUUCACAGGGGAAUUGUGACAUCAUAUGGUACCAGCUAACGUCUUAGUGUACCUCUUAGCCAAUAGUGAUGGCAGAUGUCCAGAGUUUUUACCUGAAGAGGGUGCAACACAGACAGUUUUAGGCAAAAAAAUAAGUAGAUUUGGGGGUGACUUGCUCUUUAAAUUAGAAAGCCUGUAUAAAACACUAUAAUAUUAUCAAAUGAGAACAAAUAAAAAAAAUUACUGCAACAAAUACAGGUAUGGUUUCAUCUCUGUAUGAUUCAACAGUGAAUGUGUGUAAAUUAGGGAGUUAGAGAGAGAGAGAGAAAGGAGAGCAAAUCCAGCACCUUCUAGCAUGCUAGCUAGCUGUUUCCUGUAGCACGGGUGCUGGCCAUAGACAUAAAUUCAAUUCAAAGAUACUUUAUUAAUCCCAGAGGGAAAUAACAAAACAAAACAAUUCUAUGUCUAUGAUGCCCCAUUGGGCGGUGGAGAGCGUAACGGCAUCGCUGCCAUAAUGGUUGGGUUCCUCACUCUCCAAACCCCACUGGAAUCAGCCCAGAGUGAACAGUUGUGCCCAUUUUUUGUGCAGCCUUCGGUUUCAACUGAUGCACUAUUGAAAACAGAUCAUGUGAGAUCACUAUUGAAUUUUGUCCUGUUGGGAUUUUAUAUUUUAUUUUUAUUUAAUAUAUUUAUAUUUUAACUAUCAUUCAACACUAUAUGUCUGAGUUUGUGAAAAGUAUUUAAAAAUGUGUUUUUUAGUUGAGUAAACACCUCUCUCAGUAGAAAUAAAUGGACUGGGGGCAAAUGGAAACCCAUCCAAGAUGGCAGCCUGCUGCUACGCCAGCUCCAAUAGGCAGAGCUAGUUCAUGGAGUGUCUAGUAUUAAAAUGUCUGUGGUGCUCCAGAGACAAAUUCAGUGAUGCUGAUUGGUCAAAAAUGAUCCAGUUCUCCCUAGAAACCAAACAUGAUUGGCUGUCUACCUGCAGUUCAGGGGCGUUUUUUCCAGUGCUCCAGGAGUGAUAUUUGUGUAUAUGUUGGAGGAAAUUUACUGUUUAAUAAGAGACAGCUGGUGAAAAUGAUGUGUAAAUAAUUCACAUUGCACAUAGGCACAAAUGCUUAAGGCAAACUGACACAAUAUAUGUAUUUAUAUUAUAAUUUAAUUUAAAAUUUUUGUGUGUUUUUCUGCCUUCACAUCAGGCAGGGUGGCCUCUAGCACCCCCUAUGGACAAGCUGCCACUAGUAAUAAUAAUUUUGGGUUCCCUGAGCUCAAAAAGUAAAAAACAAACCUCAUUAGGCCACUUUAUGGUUAUAUGACAGCUCACUGACAAUUAUAUAUUUAACAUGUUUUGUCCUUUCAUGUGGUUUGUUCAUAAAAGUAAAUCAAGUCAUCACAUCUUAAAGGUGACAAAUCUUUAUGGGCAAGCUCAAUAAAAUAAAAAGGAGAAAAUUAAAAAUUAACUCAGUGGGUUCAGUCUGUGACUGUUCAAUGUGGAGAUCCAUCCUAAAUAAAUGAAACCAUAUUUACGUACCUUCCAUCUCCGUCUCUGUCUUCCAGAUGAGUCUUGCCCUUGGUAGAAGCCAGUCACCCUCAGCAAAAUUGCCCAUGUGAUGAGAUCAUCUAUAUAUUUUUGAGAAACAUUAUGAUUCUUUUUGUGUUUUGAUUUGUGUCUUUUUAUUAAAUGUGGGUUCAAGAGUUAAAUUAGCUUUAUUAAAGGGAAACUUGUUUUUAUGUUCAAACUGAGGGACAGCUGUGAAUGUAGGACGAUUUGAUGUCCUCAGGUGUGCAAUGAUGAGCAGCGACUGUCAGUGCUCCAUAAAGAAAGGGGAAAGAUUUUAUUUUUCAUUUAAUAUAUGUGAAAUUUUCUUCUAUGUUCCUAUUUUUCCAGUUCAAGCCUCAGCACAGAGAGAAGACCUGAAAGAGUGGUUUUUAUGUCAUCUGGAUUUAUGUGCCUGCAGGAUUAGCCCAUGCAGAUGGCAUAAAGAUCAGUUAUUUAAUCAGAGACCUUUCAGAUGGAUGCUGCUGGUUUUGGUGCAGCACGUGAUGUGAUGUAGGUUAUUUUUAUUUUGGGUCAUGGACCAAAUUAAAGGUUUUCAUUUGAUAUCUUAUCAUGUAUCAAGUGGAGAGCAGAUCAGGAGGAUUUUUAUUACAUAAAGAAUCAUUGAUGCACUUCAGCACAUCAAGGCUGGUGUGCAAUUUUUAGCUGUGACACGUUUAGAUAGUAUGGUAUUUCGUAAAGUUUUUAAUUGGUAAAAGAAAAUGCAAAAUGUUUGCAUUUAACUUUUUGCUAUGAUGGAUGAAGAAGCUGGCUUCAAAUGAAAAAAAGUGAAUAAAAGUUUCUGAAAAUC